AGGGUCCCGUGAACGAUUCCGAGGUUACUGACUAGUUCGUUGCCAGCACGUUGCUUGCUGUCAAGUGUUUAGGUUACCUGGUAGGCGUGAUUUUUUUUGGAUCUUCUUUGUGCUAGUGUAUAUCUGUUGUAUAUAGUGUUUGUUAGAAGUGGAAGGCUGUCAUCGCAACAAAUGAUUGAGGAUCGAAUUGUGAGCCACUGUAAUUCUAUUUUUCUGAUUGUUUGUAUGAAUGUGAACCUGAAAUAGAUUAGUUCAUAUAAGUCGCAACUUCCUAAUCCCAAACAAGCUUCAACUCCAUCCUUAUUUCAUUCUGAAAAAUUCUAUGCCGUGGUCUCCGUGUGAAGGCUUACUAAAAGGUUCUUCUUUGAUGCCGCCCCUCUUGUGGUCGAAAGAAGGAUGCUGUGACUAGCCAUCAAAGUCGCUCCUCGAAUUCGUCUUCAUCACAUACUUGAGUAUCCAUCGCCCGGAUAUCAAUCUCCAUCUGAAGAGCUGAACAAGAGAACGAGAGAGUAUGGCACCUAUCGAUGAGGUUACGGAUGAGCUUGGGCGACCUCUGUUGAAAAGCGCACUUGCCCCAGCUCUGAGAAACGACACUAUGGAACAGGCGGAAGAGGGACCGACGCUUAUCUUCGAUUUAAGGCUCAUGGGGCAUUUUGUUCUCAGAAAGGAUAAUCAAUGCACUUAUAGAUACUUGUCUGGUGCGGAAAGAAGUGAUCGUGAUCCAACUACUCUAAUAACAGGUGUCUGCAACCUCUGCAACGGUGCGAUGCAUUGGUACAAUGAUAGGCUUAGGGGAGACAUGGACGUCAAAUUCAUGUGGCUUCAGCAUCCAGAGUUAUGCUUCGCUUUGUUCAUCUUGAUAGAUUUCUUUGUUAUUUCAUGCGCUUGCGCAUCGAUCUCUCGUGUUUUUUGCUUUUUCUCAAGCAUCCUCGUGGUAGGUCAGGUGUUGUUAUCUGCAAGAUAGUUGAAGUAGGAGGCAAAUAAAGCGAUGGAUAUGCAGCGAUGUGUAUCUAUCAAGAUGAAGCAAGUAGGAAGGACGCUCCAAGAGGCACGCAGGCGCUUUUGAGAAGGCACAACAUCACCAACAUCCACGAGUCAUGGGCACUUAUUCGGAAAGGGCAGGUAAUGAUUUUUGAUGAGACUCUUUCUUUGAAGAUGUUGAUUCCCCUUUCUUGGUUAUGUACUAGCUACUCGAUUUUUUUGCAUGUACUCGUUUGCUUUUGCAUAAGUGGAGAAUAACAAUUUGAAGGAACGAAGGGGAAUAAAUAUUAAAUUAUAGCUGAACGGAGACGAACACGAAAAAAAAAUCAGGUGUCGCGUGGUUCAACGGCUUGGUUGGAAGCUGUAUGGUUUUUGAAGACACCUUGGUGGCCGCUUUCGUAUCUCUUGAUUUUUCCCGCAUGCAUUCGAGAACCGGUUUACAAUUUUGUCGCUCGAAACCGGUAUCGUUUUUUUGGCAAAGCAGAGGCCUGCCGCAUGCCGACGCAAUCACUGAAGAAAAAAUUCUUGCAUGACGUGAAACCCCUCAAGGACACGUCGACAUCAGAAUCCUUGCCCCCGUAAAGAAUGUAAGUCAAGCGUCACUUUGCGCCUCCUCGCCCCGGUGUUGCUAAUCUUUAUGAUAGAUAAUGAAAAUGAUGUUUUAGUACUGUUUUUGUGAGUUCAGAACCAGAGCCGGACCAUUCUUCAUCUAUAAUUAUCAUCUCGUCCGCCUGUCUUGAGAUGAAUCCACGGGUGAGGCUUAAAUUUAGUUUUUUCCGCCUAGAUUAGUUAUUUUCACUGAUAUGUAUCUGAUAGAUUAAAUGAAAUCCUAAGUGAAUUUCCCACUGAUGCGAAUAGUCUGGCUUUAAAGAAACAUCAUGUUCAACACUUCACUUGUUGAAUCAUGUUAUACCUAUUCGCCUACGAACAGAACUACGCUACAAACGAGGAAGCACGGAGUCAGUCCAAUCUAUUAGUAGAGGUCCUUGGGAUCCAGGAUACAAUUUGUGCAGACCGAUGCCUCUAUUCUCUUUGCAUGCAUCAGGCCUGCGAAGGUAGGCUUUUUGCCUGCAAAUUAUGGUGAAUUGAGUUCAUCGUGUGUAUCUUAAAGACGCAAGAUUGCCGCCUAAAAUUUUUGUGACUUGUAUUUCUGUAUCGUGGGAUGGAGGUUCUUGUGGCUAGCUAGUGAUGUUACUGUGCUUUAAUAGAUACCUCCUGAUCUACGCCAUUCCGCAAAGAAUAUUCCAGUAAUUCAAGAGAAUGUUGUCGAUGUUAGGCUAGGCAAAACAUUAGGUAGGAAGAUCCUUCCCAAGGAAUAAGUAGGUUGACAAAUUAAAAUACUGUGUUGAAUCCUCGCUAGUAAGUCUGGUAGCUUAUCGUUUGAUGAUGAGCAUGGGAUUACAUAUACAACGGGGGUGUUUCAGCAACUAACGGACGACGAUGUUGUCGAUAACGUAUUCAUAUAAAAUAUGUUGUGAUAAUGUUAUAAUUGUGCACUCAUUUUAGGCAAUGAAUGUUUAGGGUUUUGUCGACCCCACUUUGAGCGUGUUGAAAUAAGAAUACUAUUCCCUGGCUGCGACUAUUACUAUUUAAUAUGGUUUAGCUGUUCAUCGCAUGCCUCGUAAACGGGAAUUCCUCGCCUGAUUUUUUACCCCGCUCACAAUUCGUUAGGAGUCUGUCACAAUAUAGAUAUUUUUGUAGGAGAAUCAAUCGGUUGUGGUGGAGGUGGUCGGGGGACCGCAACGAUGGCGCACAUACUUUCACGAACUUCUGAAUUAGAUGCACGAACUUACGAAUUAGAAGCCGCCAGGGAAAUCUUAGGCAGUUUGCCGAAUAGAUUCACAUCAUCAGACGCACGGACGCAUACCAUC